UUUGGCUUUGUGGGACUUAUUACUAAAUUUCCCAAAAUGAAGCAAUUUAUAACCAAAUUAUGUUGUACACCUUGGAGUUUUGAAAAUACAAUUCGUCAAUAAGACUCAACUCAGCAGAACUAAACUUAACUAUCGAAUGCUGAUAUUCCAAUUUUUGAAGUUAUACUUUCUUUGGAAGGUUUUUCAAGCGAAUUUAAUAAUUUUUUUUAUUAAAAGUUUAUUUUAUAAAUCUUACGUUUUUAGUAAUUUUAAUUAAUCAUACAGUUUCUGAACGAAAAUAUUCCUAAGCUUGGACAACAAAACAAAAAUGAAUUCACGGUCUUAUGACUUGUCACAAAAUGCUUCUGAACCAACGAAAUCUAGCAAACCUAUUCCACUGGGUGAUCAGCGAAAGGCUGUUUUGAGACAAGAACUAAUGGUUCUCUUGAUGAAUCUUGGAAUGUUGAUUAAUGGAACUACCUUAGCCCUUCCAGCUGUUACUCUCGAUCAGCUAACAAAUCCAGUCGAACCAGUUCAUUUAAACAAAUCACAAGCUUCUUGGUAUGCUUCAGCCAGUGUUAUUGCAUGUCCAAUAGGCUGUUUUUCGGGUGUCUUCUUAGUGGAUAAAUUCGGAAGAAAAGUUUCAGUCUGCCUGGUUAAUAUAUUCGGAGUCUUAGCGUGGAUUUUAAUGUCAACAGCGACCUACGAUGAUCCAAGUUAUGUUUUUCUACAGCUAAUGGCUUCCAGAUUAUUGUCGGGAGUCGCUGCUGGAAGUGGUAGUUCACCAGCUGCAGUUUACGGAGCAGAAGUGUGUUUACCAAAACUUCGAGCUAGAUUAACAAAUGCUACAUCUAUGGCAAUAGCUGCUGGUGUUCUAUUAGUCUAUAUUGUCGGUUAUUUUGUUAGGGAGGAUUGGCGAAUGGUUGGAAUCGUAAUGUUGAUUUAUCAAUUUAUCUGUUUGGUUAUAUUGAUCCCGGUUAAGGAAACUCCCAGUUGGCUUUUAUCAAAGGGACGAGUUGAUGAAGCUAAAGCAUCUUUAUCAUAUUUUAGGGGUCUUGAUGAGGGUGAAACCCACCAGGAAGUAGAAGAUGAAUUUACUCUGCUCAGAGUCGAAGUCCCACUCAAAGCUAAGAAAGAAAAAUCCUUAUUUUUCAAAUCAUUUUGUCUUCCUGAAGUCUACAAACCACUCCUGAUUGCUAUAUUCUUCUUCGUUUGUCAACAGUUUUCAGGAACUUUUGUUGUCGUCGUCUAUGCAGUUCAAAUUAUAACAAAAGCUGGAGUUCUAAUAGAUCCUUUCUUAUGUGCUAUUUAUGUUGGAAUAGCUCGAUUCAUUGUAACUUCUGUUGUAAUAACUUGGCAAUUAGAAAAUUGGGGUCGUCGUCAAGUUAGUAUGUUUUCAGCUGCUACCACAAGCCUUUGUUUAUUCGUUCUAGCCGGAUCAAGUUGGUUUACAUGGCUGCAAAUACCAACUCUUUCAGCUGUAGUCAUUGUCACUUUUGUUGUGGCAUCAGCAGGUCUAUGGACAAUUCCGUUUUUAAUUAUGCCCGAAAUCUUUCCACAAAAAGUUCGAGGUGCAUUUUGUGGAUUUACUGUUGGUGUUGCAGAUUUAAUAGCAUUUUCUUCAAUUAAAAUAUUCCCUUCGAUGAUUGAUUGGAUUGGAACUGGAAAUGUUUUUGCUUUUUAUGGUGGUAUUGCGGUUUUAACGAUAUUCUUUGUUUAUUGGUUUAUUCCAGAAACAAAAGUUUCAACAGCAAAUCGAUUCUUAAAUACGUACUAUCUUACAAAUAAGAUCAUCAUUUAG